CUACCGGGAGGGAGACGCGGCGGCCGCAGCCAUGGGCGCUGGGCCUGCGGGGGCGCGGAGGGGGGCGCGAGGACCUGCGGGGCCGGGCGGGAGAGACGGCUGCCGGGACCGGCCCUAGACACUGAGCCGCGGUGGGAUCCCCGCCGGCUCUGCGAGGCCCUGCGAGCGCCAGGGAGGCGCCUCGAGGGAGCCGGGCAGUCGCCGGCCACUUCAGGAGGGCCCGCCUCGCCGCCCGGGCGGUCGAGAGGGCCUUGGGGGCACUUCUAGCGGUGCGGUGACCCGUCCGGCGCAUUUCGGGGGUCGGGGCGCGUUUGCAAGGGGACAUCUGGAGCCCGGCCCUGCUUCUGUCGGGCUCCAGGGUACCCCUGGAUGGCUGCGCUGUGCCCUCGCCGGCCGCCCGGGCGCCGCAGCGGCUGAGUUCGCCGGGGUCGCCGGGCCGCCGCCGCCCUUGCCACCCGCUGCAUGCUCGGCGCCCGGGUCGCGGCCCACCUGGACGCACUGGGCCCCCUGGUCCCCUACGUGCCGCCGCCGCUGCUGCCCUCUAUGUUCUUCGUGGGCCUGUUCUUCGUCAAUGUGCUGAUCCUGUACUACGCCUUCCUCAUGGAGUACAUUGUCCUCAACGUGGGCCUCGUCUUCCUGCCCGAGGACAUGGACCAGGCGCUCGUGGACCUCGGCGUGCUCUCCGACCCCGGCUCUGGCCUUUACGAUGCUGACUCGGAGCUCGACGUCUUUGAUGGGUACUUGGAGUAGGGUCUCGACUGCCGUUCCCCUCUUCCCUCCACUAUCCGCAACCCACGCCCUGGAGCAGCCGCCCAGAUCAUGCCGCCGCAGCUGGUUGGGGGCACCAUCUGGACCGGGAUGGUUCCCCAGGAGGAGACCCUCCCCUGCCUCCGAGGCCUGCCUGCUCCCCUCAAAAGCUUCGUGCCAACAAAGAGGUUCCUGUUUGGACCCAGGAGAGUGGAAGAGAGAUUGGGACUGAGUGCUGAGGUUGGGAAAGCACCUGCUCCCACAGAAGGGGGAAGGCAAGGGGCAUCCCAAGACCUCAUCUGCCUGCAGCGUCACACCGAUGGCCUGGCCUUGGCUUCUGAUUAUUUGCAACUGCGAUGGAUGUUUACAGGAACCCAGCCAGAGUUUGCCUCCCUGCACUUCAUCCCGGAGCGCACCUGCUUCCCCCACUUCACCUUUGGAGAGGACACUUCAAACUGCGGACACACACAAAAGCGACUCCCAGCUCCGUUCGACGUGAGUUGAGCCUUCAGGCCAGCUGGGUUUAGCCCGAGGCUGGUCUUAGAUGCAGCGCCUGUUUCAGGGAGUGACUCAGAAGACAAAGAAGCUGAGGAAGCUGUUGGGGGGCUGAGGGUGGGAUUCUGGCUUCUUCAUUUCAGGUUACUCGUUCUCCAGCAAGUUGGCAAAACAGACAUCAUGCUGGUGAGUGCCACGUUACUCCCCUGGCUGGAAAUGCUUUUCUGAAAGUAUGAGUGUUGUGCCUACUUAAUUCUGAUAAACCUGUUUAAGCAAUACUUAGGAGGCUGACUUCUUUGGAUUAAAAAAAUGUAUGCAACUCCAA